AUGGUAAUAUUACAUGUAAAACGUGGCGAUAAAUCAAUAUUUUUAUAUGAAACACAAUUAAAUACAUUGGUACGUGAUAUUAUUGCUAAUAUAAUUGUUAUAUAUAAUGGUCGAUUGAAAGUGGAACGUAUAUGCUCUGAAAUGGAAUCAUUAGCAUUACAUGGAACAAUGUUACCACCAAAUAUGAUUGGUUUAACAGAUGAACAAAUUGAAGAAUUAAAAUUGGUUGAUGAAUGGGGUGAUCGGUGUAUACCAUCGGGUGGAUUUAUUUUUAAUAAGGACAUUUAUGGGCGUCGUAAUGGAAAACAACCAUUAACAAAUAUGCAAGAACUGAUAAAGAAAACUAUAGCCGAUGCAAAAGCAUUAAUAGCAUCUAAGGAGCUAAUCGCUAAAAAUGAAUGUUUAACACAGAAACAAAUCCAACAAGCGAUUUCCUUGUUAAAAGGAUGCUGUACAAUUAUAUAUCCAAUGAAAUUACCACCACAUGAUGUCAUACGUAUGGAAUUUGAUAAUAUUGAAGACUUGAGUGGUACACAUGCUUCAUUAGAAGUGAUUGAACCACAAUUAGCACAGUUAUGGUUCUCUGGUAAAGAAAUGGAUCCUGAUCAAAAAUUAAGCACUUAUUUAGGUCGAAAUGAUAAAUGUAAAGUAAUUGUGAAACUUCAAAAAAAAUCUGAAGGAGCUCCAUCACGUGAGGCAGUAAUAAGUGAAGAAUCACGAAAAGAAUUAAUGCUAUUAGCAUAUAAAAAACAAGAAGAAUGGAAAAAGUUGGAACAAAAUGAUGAUGAUGAUUAUUUAAAUUCACCAUGGGCUGAUAAUAAUCAAAUGAAACGUUCAUUUCAAGGCAUACGUGGAAAUAUUUCAUGGAAACCAUAA